CGAGCGAGGGAGUUUGUCCGCUUUUCCUCCGCCCCUCUCGGCGAGAGGACCGCCGGGCACGGCCGCGCUGAGGGCGGGAGACGCGGACAGAGAAUGGCGGCUUCGGAGCGAAGGGCCUUCGCGCACCGUAUUAACCGGACAGUGGCAGCUGAAGUGAGGAAGCAAGUGUCCCGAGACUAUGGCAAUUCCCCCCAGCUUUCCAAGAAGCGGGGCAUCCCACAGUCGGUGCCUCUGACAGAAGUAGUGGAGCCGGUAGAAUUCGAGGAGUACCUUGCCAGCCACCUGCCGGAUGCUGAGCCUGGCCCGCUUCGUGACCUGGUUGACUUUCCUCCUGAUGAUCUGGAGGUGGUCCAUGAACCUCGGGAUUGUCGGACCUUGGAACCUGGUGUCCCUGAAGAUGGGAAACAGGAUGCCCGUGUACGAGAUGCUGUCCAGGUCUACACGGAAGACUGGGUCAUUGUCCAGAGGAAGUACCAAAAGUUGAGCACCAUGUACAAUCCUAUUACUACUGAGAGACAGAGGGACAGGCAGAAAGGGCAGCCUCGGCAAGUCUUUGAGCUUGAUGAAGUAGCUGAAGAGCGGAAUAAUCAGGCGGAUUCGGAUGACCUGAAACGCUGCUCUGCCUCCUUGGAUGAUACACCCCGAGGGAGCUGGGCCUCCAGCAUUUUUGACCUCAAGAAUUCUGCCGCUGACUUCUUGUUGCGCUCGCUUUUGGUGCGCACUGCCAUUGAGGAGACAGACCGCACCAAUGAGGAGCUGCGGAAGAAGAACCGACACAGUGAGAUUCUGGCUCUUUAUCCCGCUCCUGAUGAGGAUGAAGCCGUCGAGCGCUGCGGCCUCCCAGAAGUUCCGAAGGAGCACUUUGGGCAGAGGAUCUUAGUGAAGUGUUUGUCUCUGAAAUUUGAGAUAGAAAUUGAGCCCAUCUUUGGAUCCCUGGCACUCUAUGAUGUGAAAGAGAAGAAAAAGAUCUCCGAAAACUUUUACUUCGAUCUCAAUUCGGAACACAUGAAAGGCCUCCUGCGAGCUCACAGUGCACAUCCUGCCAUCUCCACUCUGGCUCGUUCAGCUAUCUUCUCCCUCACACAUCCUUCUCCAGAUAUCUUCUUGGUGAUCAAGCUGGAGAAGGUGCUGCAGCAGGGGGACAUCGGUGAAUGCUGUGAGCCAUACAUGGUCAUGAAGGAAAUAGAUGCCCUGAAGAACAAGGAGAAACUAGAGAAGCUGAGGGUGGCAGGGGAGCAGUUUUGCACCCGCUUGGGGCGGUACCGCAUGCCCUUUGCCUGGACAGCCAUUCAUCUCAUGAAUAUCAUCAACAGUACUGGCCUGCUCGAGAGGGAUGCUUCUGAGUCUGAGAGCGACCGCAAAGGCACCUGGAAUGAGCGCAAGAGGAAAGCAUAUGAGCGCAUGAGUGUCGGGGAAGAGAUAUGCAGCUUCAGCAACUUCCGCCCAGCUACUCUCACAGUAACCAACUUCUUCAAGCAGGAAGGUGAUCGCCUCAGUGAUGAGGACCUUUACAAGUUCCUGGCAGAUAUGAGACGCCCAUCAUCUGUUCUUAGGAGGCUCCGACCUGUCACAGCCCAACUCAAGAUCGACAUUUCACCCGUGCCGGAGAGCCCACAUUACUGUCUGUCCCCUGAACUUUUGCAUGUCAAACCCUAUCCAGACCUCCGUGUCCGACCCACUAAGGAGAUCCUUGAGUUCCCAGUCAGGGAGGUCUACACACCUCACACAACAUAUAGGAACCUACUCUACGUUUAUCCCCAAAGCCUGAACUUCAGCAGCCGCCAAGGUUCAGUGAGGAACAUUGCUGUGAAACUCCAGUUCAUGGCGGGAGAGGACCCUAGCCACGCCAUGCCGGUGAUCUUUGGAAAAUCAAGUUGCAGUGAGUUUACAAAAGAGGCCUAUACAUCGGUUGUAUAUCAUAACAAGUCCCCUGAAUUCUACGAGGAAUUCAAGUUGAAGAUCCCAGCCAACCUUACCGACAACCACCACCUGCUCUUCACCUUUUACCAUAUCAGCUGCCAGCAGAAGCAGAACACGCCACUGGAGACUCCAGUUGGCUACACGUGGAUCCCCCUCAUGCAACAUGGGCGGCUACGGACAGGCCAGUUUUGCUUGCCUGUGUCAGUUGACAAGCCUCCACCCAGCUAUUCCGUACUCACCCCUGAUGUACAGCUGCCUGGUAUGAAGUGGGUGGAUAAUCACAAGGGUGUCUUCAAUGUGGAGGUGCUGGCAGUGUCUUCAGUCCACACUCAGGACCCAUUUCUGGAUAAAUUCUUCACCUUGAUCCAUGUGCUGGAAGAAUAUACCUUUCCCUUUCGGCUAAAAGAUGUGAUCUUAACAGAGAACAACAUGGAGUCUGAGUUGAAAUCUAGUGUGGGCAACCUACGGGUGGCUAGUCUGGAGGCCCUCGUUGCCUUUAGCCACCAGAUCCUCAACAAGUUGAUCCAGCUCAUUGUGUACCCUCCUGUCAUCGCCGGGCAGAUUGUGAACUUGGGCCGUGCUGCCUUUGAAGCCAUGGCUGUGAUGGUGAACCAGAUCCACAAGAGCCUGGAGAGCAAUCAAGACCAACAUGGCCACAACCAGCUGCUGGCCUCUUACAUCUUCUAUGUUUUCCGUCUGCCUGUGGCAGAGCCGGGCUUGCCAGAGACUGGAAUAACUCCCAACAGUGGCCCCAUUCAGUAUGCCACUGUGUCCCGUGCAACAGGACGUCCAGUCAGCCUUAAUUUGUCUCGUUCCAAAAGCAUCAGCAAUAGCAACCCUGACCUGACCACCACACCAAAUUCCCCAGAUGAGGAGGUGCAGAAGAUCAUGAGUAGUAAGGGGAUCGACCGCUCUCACUCCUGGGUCAAUUCAGCUUAUGCCCCUGGAGGCCCCAAAUCUGUGCUUCGCAGGAAUCAUCCGAACUCCAGCACGGAUCUGAAGCAGGCUGCAGAGCGAGCAUCUAAUCGUAUCUCCUCCUAUCUUGAGGGCUCCACUUUUCCUCCGGCCACCCCGAUGAGACCAGCGACCAGAAAGCUGCUCCACGAAGAACUGGCCCUGCAGUGGGUGGUGAGCACUAGCUCUGUGCGGGAGGCUGCAUUGCACCAAGCCUGGUUCUUCUUCCAGCUGAUGGUGAAGAGUAUGGCACACCAUCUAUUCCUGUGUGACAAGCUAGAAGCACCUCGCAAACAACGCUUCCCAGGCCGUUUUGUCGAUGACAUCUCAGCGCUGGUGUGCACCAUUAGUGCUGAAAUUGCGAGCCGUUGCCAGAAGGAUGUGGAGCUGGUAGAACAUCUCAACAGCAGCCUGGCCUUUUUUCUCAAUGAUCUGCUGUCCUUUAUGGAUCGUGGAUUUGUCUUCAACCUUCUGCGCUCCUAUUACAAGCAGAUCAAUAACCGACUGCUGACCACCCAGAACCCCAACGUCCUCAUUGCUCUGAGGAUGGACUUCAUCCGUAUCAUCUGCAGCCACGAGCACUACGUUACCCUGAACCUCCCCUGCAGUGGCCUCUCCCCACCUGCUUCCCCGUCUCCGUCUGUCUCUUCAGCAACCUCCCAGGGUUCGGCUUUCUCCAGCCACACACAAGACCAACGAGUGGCCAGCAUGUUCGAGCUCUCCGUGGCCUUUCGGCAGCAGCACUUCCUGGCAGGGCUGGUGCUGAUGGAACUGGCACUCAUCCUGGAGCCAGAGGCAGAGGGGGCUUUCUUCCUGCAAAAGAAAGCAAUCAGCGCUUUGCACAACUUGUUGUGCAGCCAUGACUCAGACAGCCGCUUUAUGGACCGCGUUGUGCGGGCGCACGUGGCUCAGCUCUAUUUGCCUCUGAUUGGCAUCGUCAUGGAUGCUCUCCCUCAGCUCUACGACUUCACAGAGAACCACAGCCAGCGAGGGCGCCUGGCCUCUGUGAUGGCCGAGGAUGGAGAUGGGGAUGGCAGCACCAUCAGCCCCUCGGUCGCCUUGGCCAUUGCUGGCUCCCCCUUGCCCCACGCUCAUCGGUCCACAGUCUUCCCAAUGCCUUCAGUGCCUUCCCGCCAAUACAACAUGCUCUCCGCGGAGGCCAGUCGCAACCUUCUGGUGUGUCUCCUCUGGGUCCUGAAGAAUGCAGAUGAGUCUAUGCUGCAUCGCUGGCUGGCUGACCUCUCUGCCUUGCAAGUCAACCGGCUCCUUGACCUUCUCUACCUCUGUGUGUCCUGCUUUGAGUACAAGGGCAGGAAAGCCUUUGAGCGCAUCAACAGCCUAACCUUCAAGAAAUCUCUGGAUAUGAAAGCGCGACUGGAGGAAGCCAUCUUGGGCACAAUCGGGGCACGCCAGGAGAUGGUUCGGCGUAGCCGAGAGCGCAGCCCGUUUGGAAAUCAAGAAAAUGUUCGCUGGAGAAAGAAUAUUGCCCACUGGAGGCAGAAUUCGGAUAAGGUGGACAAGUCCAAAGAUGAAAUGGAGCAUGAUGCCCUUGUGGAUGGGAACAUGGCCACAGAGGCCAAUAUGGUGGUCCUAGACACACUGGAAAUCAUUGUGCAGACCGUGAUCUUGUCAGAAGCCAAGGAGAGUGUCCUGAGUGGGGUGAUGAGGGUGCUUCUGCACAGCAUGGGCUGCACUCCCAGUGCCUCCUUCCUGGAACACUGUUUUGCUACCCAAAGGGCACUAGUGACCAAGUUCCCCGAAAUGCUUUUUGAGGAGGACACGGAGCUGUGCGCUGACCUCUGCUUGCGUCUUCUGCGCCAUUGCAGCAGUAGGGUGGCCACCAUCCGGACCCACGCAAGCACCUCGCUCUACCUUCUCAUGCGGCAGAAUUUUGAGAUUGGCAAUAACUUUGCCCGAGUGAAGAUGCAGGUCACCAUGUCCCUCUCCUCACUUGUGGGAACCUCUCAAAACUUCAAUGAGGAGCACCUGCGGCGUUCCCUGAAGACUAUCCUGACUUAUGCUGAGGAGGACCCAGAGCUGCGAGAGACUACAUUUGCUGAGCAGGUUCAAGAUCUUGUCUUCAACCUGCACAUGAUCCUGACUGAUACAGUGAAGAUGAAGGAGCACCAGGAGGAUCCCGAGAUGCUAAUAGACCUCAUGUACAGGAUAGCCAAGGGGUACCAGACCUCCCCAGACUUGAGGCUGACGUGGCUACAGAACAUGGCGGCAAAGCACUCUGAGCGUGGGAACCAUGCAGAGGCAGCUCAGUGUUUGGUGCACUGCGCGGCACUGGUGGCAGAGUACCUGAGCAUGCUGGAAGACUGCCGCUACCUUCCUGUCGGCUGUGUAACUUUCCAGAACAUAUCUUCCAAUGUGCUGGAAGAGUCCGCCGUCUCAGAUGAUGUCCUGUCCCCUGACGAAGAAGGCAUCUGCUCCGGGAAGUACUUCACUGAGCAAGGACUCGUGGGCUUGCUUGAGCAGGCAGCGUCCUCAUUUAAUAUGGGCGGGCUUUACGAGGCUGUCAAUGAGGUUUACAAGAUCCUCAUUCCCAUCCACGAAGCCAACCGCGACUUCAAGAAGUUGGCAGUGCUGCACGGCAAACUGCAAGAUGCCUUCAGCAAGAUAACCAACCAGGCCUCUGGUUGGGAGGUCAACCAGAGAAUGUUCGGAACAUAUUUCCGGGUUGGUUUUUAUGGCAGCAAGUUUGGGGACUUGGAUGAGCAAGAGUUUGUUUACAAGGAACCUUCUAUCACCAAAUUGGCUGAGAUCUCUCACCGCCUUGAGGAGUUCUAUGCUGAGCGUUUUGGGCAUGAAAUGGUAGAAAUCAUCAAGGGUUCCAACCCUGUAGACAAAGCAAAGCUGGAUCCUAACAAGGCGUACAUCCAGUUGACUUACGUGGAACCAUUUUUUGACACGUAUGAGCUGAAGGAUCGUGUCACCUAUUUUGACAAGAACUAUAACCUCCGCACCUUCAUGUUUUGUACGCCAUUCACACUGGACGGACGAGCGCAUGGUGAUCUGCAUGAGCAGUACAAGCGCAAGUCACUGCUCACCACUUCCCAUGCUUUCCCCUACAUCAAGACCCGCAUCAAUGUCAUUCACAAGGAGGAGAUCAUUCUCAUUCCAAUUGAGGUUGCCAUCGAGGACAUGCAGAAGAAGACUCAAGAGUUGGCUUUUGCCACACACCAGGAUCCAGCUGAUGCCAAGAUGCUACAGAUGGUGUUGCAGGGUUGUGUUGGCACCAUAGUCAACCAGGGCCCUCUGGAAGUAGCACAGGUGUUUCUGGCUGAGAUCCCAGAUGACCCCAAGCUGUAUCGGCACCAUAAUAAACUGCGGCUCUGCUUCAAGGACUUCACCAAGAGGUGUGAAGACGCCCUUCGCAAGAGCAAGACGCUGAUUCUGCCAGACCAGCGCGAAUUCCUCCGGGAGCUGGAGAGGAACUACCAGCGCCUAAAGGAAGCCCUGAACCCCCUUCUCAACCGCAAAAUCCCUCAGCUCUACAACCCCGUUGCCCCGCAUUCUGCGCACAGAAAUUCCUUCAACAGAUUGAGUCUGCGGAAGAUGGAAGCCUAGCAAGUCUCCCUCCCAUGGACAGAAGUGGACCGGCUGAACUACAGGCUCCUUGCUGUUGCAAGAAGCAGCUGCUGAUCCUGAAAUCUGACCUCCGGCUCAGCCCUACUGGGAACACGUUGCUUGCUGUGCACCAGGAGAUCGCCCUGAGAUUUAGAGUCCCCUUCCUGUGUCGUUCCAGGCUCUCUCCAGGAGGAGAGGCCAGCCGGUCGGUCACGCUGCCAGGGAGAAGGAACACCUGUGGAAGAGGGUGCUGGGAAGGUUAAGAACGGUGCUCCACCCCAAGGAACCUUAUCGCCAUGUAGCCUUCCACAUAGACUUUCUAAGGUGAAGACCUUCUGCAGACCUUCUUCCCUACUGAAGUGAGGAUUUAUUCUACACACAUGGGCUUCAGAGCUUCCACAGGAAACAGCUAGACCCAGAGACAUUGGGUGUGCUUGCAGAUGAAGGCUAAGCCCCCAUGGAUUCUGUGUCCUUCCCUCCACCCCCUUGAUGGCUGGGUUCAGCCUAAGGACUUCGGCUCUUCCUUGCGUUUCUCUUGCUCCUACUCUUUUGCCCCCUUUCUCCUGCUUUUACUGUUCCUUUUGGUUGCCAGCCAUUUGGAAGUUAUUCAUGGAUCCGCAAGAACAAACUAGUCCAUGUUUUGAAACUUAUUCCUGACUCAGGGAAGAAGGCAAGCAUAUCCGGGAGUGAGUUAGAGCAGAGGUCCACAACCCCUGGUCUGCGGCCCAGUGCUGGUCCAUGGCCUGAGCCGGACCGGGCCGCAAAGACAGACCUCCUGCCCCUCCGCACGUACUCACCUCCGCACAGCUGCUUUGUGCCUGCGCGCAUCAGCGCCUCCACGACCACUCCCCCACCUCUUUGUCCAUGCGCACGAGAGAGCGCCUGCCCCAAGCGCCACACCACCAUAUGCGCAUGAGCGAGUGAGUGCCGCCAAGAAUGCUGUGCCCGCCCCCACAUGAGCACCCUCCUGCUCCUGUGUGCACAUGCAUGAGAGAGUGCUCCUCACACAUGCACACACACGCAGGCGGUGCCCCACCUUCCCCAGCCAGUCCGUGGGGUUAAAAAGGUUGGGGACCCCUGAGUUAGAGGACUGAGACCUGGGAGAUCCGUUCCUUGUCUUUGGGAAGUGGGCAUAUCUUUCUGUGAGGAGGUUGGUCUGCCUGCCCAUAGCUUGGGCUGAGCCCCAGACAUUCCAGCUGUGCCCUUCCCUCCACUUCUUUCUCAGGGGAUCUUGACCAUCGAUUUUCUGUAGCUGUUUCCCAGCUGAUGGCCUCCUGUCACCUGCCUCCCAGGAUCUUCCCCUUCUGUCUUUUGCAGCACGGACCAAAGAGCCUUUUCUAUUCCACACACCUCUCGCUACAUCCUGUUCAAGGCAGAGCUAGAGCCCACACACGCUCACACCACAGCAGUGCCUUCUAGAGCAGAGUGAGUUUGGAGUGCAGAGGAGGGAGGGUGGUUCUGGUUCACCUCCCUUCCUCCACAUCCCAGGGGGAGGCUGGGUGUGCACUUGUUUCUUAAAGAGAUGAGUGUAUCAAUAUUGCUUUCCUCAUCUUAGUGCCUCUCGCCCACCUUCCCAAGCAAGGAGCGAAAGGAACCUUUCCUCUGCAGACUAGAGUUGCAUCUAAGUUGGCUGUUAUGCUGUAAGACGGAGGACAUUCCUCUUUCAGGGAGUCCCCUUCCCACAGAGGUAGAGUGGAGGGGUUUUUUUUGGGGGGGGAUGGGUGCAUCCCAUUCCUUUGAGAAUUGGGGGGGGGCUUUGAUGUUUUUUCUAGCAGAGAGGAUAAAUCCAGAUUUACUUGAAUAUGAUGGUGAAUAUUUCAUCUAAAUAGAUAGGAGUGACCCACACUGGAUGGACUCCCUUAAUUUGCACUAAAUGUGUUUAGCCAUGCUGACUUUAACAUCCAGCUAAACCAAACUGCACUAAAGCAGGUAAAUGUGCAUAGGCGUGCUUGAAGCUAUAUCAAAUUCAUGCUGUUCCAUUGUCCAGGGAUUUGUUAGAGGUGAUGGGCCAUCGGCACAGGUGAGCUUCUGUCCUUCUCCCCUUGCAUUACCAGCCUUUCUAUGGUGCAGUUGGUCCUUAACAGUGGGAAACAAAAGGAGUUGAGCGCUAGGGCCCCUUCGUCUGCCUACAACCAAAGCUGCAGCUGUUUGGAUCCUGAUUGUACCUCUGCCCUGUUCCCCAAAUCAGAGUUUCCCUUUUCCUGUCUUGCCCCAAGCCAGUUUUUCCUGCUGGGAAUGCUACCUUUUUGCCAUGGCCAGGCUUUUAGUGGACGGCCAAGCCUUGAUUUCUGUUUGUCUUACUCCUUAGUGGAGGAAGAUGUAAACGUUUUAUUUAUAAUGUCAUUUAAAACAAAUGGGAAGAAACUCUCUAAGGUUGUGUGUGUGUGUGUGUUUUGUUCUUUUUUUUAAUGAGUAAUAAAAUGGUCUUAUUUGUUUGCCAUUCAGAUGCCAUGGAGCCCACAGAAAACAAACUGUGGUGUUGCCAUAAAUUCCAAGAGGCAAGGCUUCAGUAAAUCUUGAAAACCUUA